AUGGGCACCAGCUUCCACGAGCACCUGGCACUCCGGAGGUCCUGCCCACAGCCGCUAUCCCGGAGCUCUUUCAGCCUGCUGGGUGAAGGCCAUGGGCAGAGACCGGCACGCUGCAAAAGCACCAGCAGCACUAUGUGGCAGGCCCAGAAGGGUGAGGCCAGCACUGCCCCCCAGCUGCCAGAGGAAGAGGGGUCCCAGGGUGAGUGUGCAGAGCAGGCUCAGGCCUCUACCCUCUGGCUGCAGCCCGGGGCUGUGGGACAUUGCCGGAGCAGCACUGUGGGCAAUGUGUCCACCAUGGGCACUGGUGGCCUGUGCCAGUUUCAGGCCUCUAGCACUGCUGCUGUGCAGAGGAGUCACUCAGACCUGAUCCACAGCACCCAGACUAGAGGUCACAGUGGGGUUUGGAAGGCCAGCCUCAGCUGCUCAGCCCUUGGUGGCUCACCCAUUCAGGACACCCCAUUGCUGCCUGACAGUAAUUCUGACCAGGAUGUCCACCCCCAUGUUCACCUGGAAAUGGAGCUGACUUCUGAAAAUGGAGCAACUUCUGGAACUGUAGAAAUGUUGAACUCAGCCUGGAGCUUGGGAAAUAGUCAGGUGUGGGUGCCACCACUAGGCCUGGGGGGCACAGCCACCCAUAAUAGUAAUCCUGAAGCCAGACUUCAAGCCAGUGGACAUCUAGCUGCCUCCUCCUGCCAUGUUCUGCCUCCAGCAGCUGUCCUCUGCAGCACAGGGGAGGCUGGGGCUUGUGGCUGCUGCCAUGACCUGGCCUUUCCCAAGCUGGUGGCAUCAGUGAGCGAGUCUAGGCUGCAGGCUCAGCAUGGGACAAAAUUCCAGUGCAGGUUGCCAGGUGUGCUACCGGUGCCCUCUCAUUGCCGUGCUCACCAUUGGGGUCCCAGUAGGUCAGCCACAAAACCUGGUGCCAGGACCAAAGAUGUGUGCACUAUGACCUCAGCCAGUGACUUGGCCCCUGACUUAGUGUCCACCCCCCAGGAUGUUGCUCUGCAGGUAGCACCCCUUGCAGCCUGUAAAGCUGUGACCACCAGCCUCCACCUGGAAAUCCCUAGGGCCUUGCACAUGUCCCCAGAGGCAACUCCAGGGCCCAGCCUGCAGGAGGCACCAUGCCCAGUGCAAGACGUACGAUGGGACGCAGAAGGCAUGACUUGGGAAGUGUAUGGGGCCACAGUGGACCCAGAGGUACUCGGCAAAGCCAUCCAGAAGCACCUGGAGAUGCAGUUUGAGCAUCUGGACCCAGAGCCCACCAUCAAGGACAGCCUGUCUGAGGAGGGCCGCAUGGGGCCGCUGAGAGGCAUCAUGCAGUCUCUGUGGCUCCCCAGCUGCUGUGGCUGCUCCAGCACAGCCCCUGAGUGA